AUGCAGUCAGGUAGCGGCGAGGUGGUGUGCGAUGACCAGCCUGAGAGCCAGUCGGCGGCCUCCUCACAGUGUGCGGCUCCGGAGUACGUCGCUUCACCAACCACAGUGGCGGACAUGCACGAACAGCUCGAUUUGAUUCUGGGAGCGUGUGCCCACCUGCAGGAGUUGAUGCACAGUCGUCUCCCCGUCACUCAACGGGAGGUGUCAAAGUUGCGGAAGGCUUUCUGGCUUGCAACAGGCAGGAUGGACAUGUUGGACAGCCGCAGCGGCAGUGUGUGCAGCAGCGAGGACGGCAGGGGGGCUGGUAGCGUGGCCAGCACCGACACCGAGGACUUUACUUGCGCCCGUCCCGACUGGCAGGGUGCGCGGGUGCCCCGUCACCGCAAAAACGCUUCUGCACGCAAAUAUAGCAUUGAAAAGACCCCUGCCAGGAGUGUGUCGGCCGACAACGUGGCUGCGCAGGUGCCCCGCACACCUGUUGGGGGCGGUGGGCAGCCGGACGCGAAAACCGCCGCGUGUGACCGCGCCCUGCGGCAGCUUGAGGAGUAUGUGAAGGCACGCCCCGAAGCACAGACACACGACCUGGGCGACACCAGUGACGGCAGUAGGAGCAACGACGGAGAGAAGAGGAAGGUGAGCAGGUGGGGCUUCUUCAGUAUUCCGCUUGAACGUCGCCUCCAGACUCUCGUUGUGUCGCUGUUUCUGUUUUACACAUUCAUUCCCACCUCUCUCGUGCUCACAGUGAUGUUUCUGUUGAACUGGUGGACGAUGCCGCUCAUGGUGGUGUACCUCGUGUAUAUCUUUACGCUUGGGCGGCCGAGGCACCCGCUGAAGAAAAGUAGUCUCUUCGCACGGCUCAAGCUGUGGCGCUACUACAGUGACUACUUCCCCGUGCGUCUUGUGAUUCCUCGCUACGUGCGGCGGCAGUUCGAUGCCAGUAAAAAUUACUUCUUCAUUUAUCACCCACACGGCAUCCACGGCUUCGGUGCCAUCGCGAAAUUUGGGUUGGGUGCAAAUGUGGACAAUCUCCUUCCUGGCAUCAGAGUUCACACGCAAACACUCAAGAUGAAUUUCUUUAUUCCGUUCUGGCGCGAGCUCACCAUUCUCUGCGGCUCCGGUGACGCCAGCGCGGACUGUAUUCGUCGCACUUUGCGAGCUGGUCCUGGUGAGAGUGUCCUGUUGGUCGUUGGAGGGGCGCAGGAGAGCCUGCUAGCCAAGCCAAAUACGAAUGAGCUGACGCUUCGGGCGCGGAAGGGGUUUGUGCGCAUCGCACUGCAGGAGGGCACACCGCUGGUGCCCGUGUACGCGUUUGGAGAGAAUGAUGUGUACAGGAUACCCCGCGUCGCGGAGUCGGAGUGGUGGAGGCGGGUGGAGGGGAGAAUCCGUAAGUACACGACAUUUGCUGUUCCACUGUUUGUGGGCCGCGGCUGGUUCAACUACUGCUUCGGUGUCCUGCCGCACCGCCGCCCCAUCGUUGUGGUGGUUGGGGAGCCCAUGCCGGUGCCGAAGAUCCCCGACCCAACGCCACAGGAACUGCAGGAGUGGCAUGAUAAGUAUGUGGCUGCGCUGCAUCAGCUCUUCAACGAGCACCGCGGCGUAUACGACGUGGAGUCUAGUGGUCUGCGUAUUCUUUAG